AUGUCGGCUUCGCGAGCGAGACACCACCUGACCAUCGCCGACAAGAACCGGCUGCGGCGCCACCACCGCGAGCACCCGGAGCUGACGCAGGAGCAGCUGCGCGAGUGGGCGUAUGCGGCGUUCGGGCAGUGGGUGGCGCGCUCCACCGUGGGCCACAUCGUGCGCGCGCCCGAGGAGGUGUGCGCCAACCCGGAGGCCACGCGCUUCCAGAGCGGCCGCUACCCGGACAUGGAGCAGGAGCUGUACGCGCUGAUCGCGGCGCGCGGCGCGCAGCUGGGCGUGGACAUCAAGCGGCUGGACGCGCCCGUGCUGAGCGACUCGGAGCUCUGGGCCAAGGCCAACGAGAUCCUCAAGCGCACGCGCGGCAGCCACGAGGGCGUGUCGGUGGCCUGGGUGCACCGCUUCAAGAAGAGGCACGGGCUGCACCGCUCGCAGUUGAAGAGGGCGGCCGGCAGUGCCGUGGCAGAGCAGACGCUGGAGGCGGUGCACCCGUCGGCAGGAGACAAGCGGACUACUGCUACCACAGCUACUGCUGCUGCUGCUGCCACUGCUGCCUCUGCAGAGUCCGUUGCCGCCGCUGCUGCCGGUAACCGGUCACACUUUGUGUCGUCGGAGGAUAUCCUGCUGCUGACGCGGGUGCUGGCCGUCAAGCCGUGGACGUUCCCGUACGCGAUGGACGGGUGGCAGCAGGUGGUGGAGAAGCUGCGCGGGGACGGCAACUUCCGGCUGGAGAAGACGGCGGGCGCGUGCCAGGCCAGAGUGAACCUGCUGCUGGGCCACAUGAAGGCGGGCAACACGGCGGCGCUGCGCAAGUCGGGCACGGAGGACGAGUUCGACCGCAAGUGCGCGUUGCUCAGCGAGGUGUCGUCUCAGAUGGAGUCGCAUGGAGGAGGAGGGGUGCAAACAGCUGAGAACGCUUCGUCGGUCUCAGCGGUGGCAGCAGCACCCGUGGCGGUACAGGACGCGGUCAGCAGUGUCGAGAUCCCCAACCUGGCUCAGGAGCGCGAGCGAAUGGCUCAACGCCGGCUGGAGCUGAUGGAGCGCAAGUUAGAGCGGGAACUGGCCGCCCAGAAGCGCCACUCGGAGGAGCAGGUUAGUCGACUGGAGAAACUUCAUCACGAACAGCAAAAGAUCCAGCAGGAGCAGCACGCGCAGCUUCUUGCUACGAUCCAGCAGCAGCAGGCGAUGAUUUUCGAGCUGAUCAAGUCGUUAGCUCCAGCGUCCAAUACCGUCUGA